GGUUUCAAAGAUUGCUUUAAGAGUGCAGACAUGCACCCUUACGAUCCUUUCCUGGAGAGCGAGUCAACUCAGAGCAAACCUGUACCACUCUCCGAUUUGGACGAACUAUGGAUGGUGAAUGAUCGCUCAGGUCUGCGCUGCUACGCUUGUGGUGGCAUGUUUGAUAACGAGGCUCUCAUCCGGACCUUCCUCUUCCAGUCCGUCGCGACGACGACGGGGCGAAAUAAUUCGAUACGCACUACAGCGCGAGACUACCAGAUAGUCUUCUACAACAGACACGUCCAAUGUUUCCACGGCAUCAGAUAUAUCGCAGUGUCCCACGUGUGGAAUGCGACCGUCUCAGACGCACAUGUGCAGGGACCAUCAACCACUCUAAAGGAGGCAGCAAGAAAUCACAUAUUGGAAAGUGUCGAGCGGAUGCGCAUUGGUCUCGACGGAAAUUUAGAUCUAGACACCGAAGUUUGGUACGACUACUUAAGUGUGCCGCAAUGGGAAACCGAUCUCAAACUGAGCAUCCUGAGAGCCAUACCCGAGGUCUUCGCCAAUGCCUCGUUUACCUUCGUUCAUCUCGACGACGUCCACAGCAGUGCUAUCAACCUUAUUCGCAACGGUACGAAUUCUUCAGCUCGUGUGCUGGGCAUCACAAGUGUAUGCAACGCGACAUGGUUUAAACGUGUCUGGACUGUGAUGGAAUACAUACGCAGUAACACAGUCAAAAUGGUGACCUCGGACGGAAGUAUCUACCCAUCUGAUGAACUUCUCCAAGAUGUCUUCAAGGUCUGGGAUAGAGAGCGAGAGCUCCUAGGUGAUAUUCACGCUCUCGAGGGGCUGGCUGGACUCGGGACGAACAUCGUACCCUGGAACCUAGGCCCACUGCACGUCGCCCGUCUGCGCAAGAAGAUCGACUUCGGAAGCGCGUUUAGUCUUCUCUCACGAAGAGGGUGCCGGUCAAGAGGAGACUUCUUCCACGCCCUGCUAGGCAUCGUGAAGGCAGACUGCCAAGGAGAUUUAGCCGAAGACCCAGUAAAAGCGACUUUGACAGUCGCAACGAAGUGCCUUGAAGCUGGUGACUAUAGCCCGUUACUUGUCGUACCGAGGCCUGAGCCCGUAGACCCUGCGAGUCUGCCGCCACUCUAUCAUACAGCGGGCUACAUCGACAUCCUUGCCUUCGGUCUACAGCCCUCAACUGGCUUCCCGGAAUUCUAUUCUGAAUCUACCUUUGAAUUAGAAAGUUCCCAGAUCAAGCUAGAGAGAAUUGGAACAGUGGAACACGCCGUCCGAGCAGACGGCUACGGCCCCUUUGACACGUACAUCUACUGCGCGCAUAUCGCGCUACAAUACACCGGCCCAGUGGUAGACGCAUUCGUAGAGACUGUAUGCGCGAGAUUGUACAACAUGCCGGCCUCGCACAUCACCGACAUCCUAUCCAACAACGACAACUGCAGUCAGUUAUUGGAGCUGCUAGAAGAAUGGUAUAACGCCCCGACCACCACACUUUACUCCGAGCCCUCUCUGUCCCAUGCCUUUCGUAUCGCCGAUAUUCUUGGACUAAAUAGGACAAACCCACUAAGUCAUCCGCAUACUACGCCUUUAGACUUUAUGUUCGAGCACGGGGUUCCUGUAACAACACCUUUGUGUAUCGGGCUGGGCUGCAUAGGAAACCGAGUGAAGUCAGAGGCUCGGUUGCUUACAGAAUAA